CGCUUCUCGCCGUUAGAUUUCCUGAAUCGCUUCGUAGCUUGAAAUCGGACCAAAGGGGGCGAGGUCUGUGGACGACGGAUCGUCGGCGGCUCGUGCCGGACGGUUAGCCGAGGGCGGCGGAGGACGGUGGCGAGAAGUGGGGGCGGUUCGUUCGGUGGAGGCCUUUUGCGUGCCCGGCGUUCCAGGUGGUGGCCGGGUGGAGCCGCGGCGGUCGGGGCGGUGGUGCCGGCGCGGAGGGAGGAGGGGGGGUCGUAAUUGCAGAGCGGCGAGCUCGAGCAUCAACAUCAAGAUCAACUCUAUCUCUCUCUCUGUGAUUACGAUUUGGAAAUGGAGUCUUCGGCCAUGUCGAGGCUAACCAAUCUCCAGCGGCACCUGCAACCCGCCGACUCUAAGCUUCUCGAGAGUGAUGAUGUCAGUGGACUGAUGAAGAUAUCUCCAGAUGUGGCUGAGGCUUUGUCAACUGGGAAACCAGUUGUUGCUCUGGAGUCCACCGUCAUUUCUCAUGGUAUGCCUUAUCCUCAGAAUCUUGAGACUGCUAAGCAGUUGGAGGCAAUUGUCAGGGUAAAUGGAGCAAUUCCUGCAACAAUAGCCAUCUUAGAUGGUGUGCCAUGCAUAGGCCUGAGCACGGAAGACCUACAAAAGCUUGCUAAUCUUGGAGUUAGAGCUCAAAAGACGGCUCGUAGGGAUAUUGCACAUGUGGUGGCCACUAGAGGAAAUGGUGCAACAACAGUUUCUGCUACCAUGUUUUUUGCAUCCAAGGUUGGCAUUCCUAUUUUCGUUACUGGAGGAAUUGGAGGAGUGCAUCGACAUGGCGAAAACACACUGGACAUUUCGUCUGACCUUACAGAGCUUGGAAGGACUCCUGUGGCAGUUGUCUCUGCUGGUGUAAAAUCUAUUCUGGACAUUCCUAGGACCCUUGAGUACUUGGAAACCCAGGGAGUUUGUGUUGCUACAUAUGCCACUAAUGAGUUUCCAGCAUUCUUCACAGAGAAAAGUGGUUGCCGGGUGCCUUGUCGUGUAGAUACACCCGAAGAUUGUGCUCGACUUAUAGAUGCUAAUCAUAAGCUCCGGCUAGGAAGUGGAAUCCUUUUUGCUGUUCCAAUUCCUAAAGAACACUCAGCUUCUGGUGGGUUUAUUGAGGAUGCAGUCCAGAGAGCCAUUGGAGAAGCUAGGGCUAAGAAUGUAACAGGAAAUGCAGAAACGCCUUUCCUGCUUUCGAGAGUCAAUGAGCUGACUGGAGGAGCCUCGCUGGCAUCCAAUAUUGCAUUAUUGAAGAACAAUGCUCAAGUCGGGGCUAAGAUUGCAGCAGCUCUUGCUCAGCUCAGAGGACAUCAAAAUAGUGGAUAGGCUGAACUGAUCCCUACAGCUCUCAGCCAGAUAAAAGGAUGCCAUUUGCAGUGUUACUUCCAAAGAUCUUGGAUGACGGAUUCCAGUAGUUCUUCUGCUUGGAUCUUUUCGCCACUUAUUUUCCCUCUCUUCUGGUUGUGGAUGCAGCGUUUUCUCAAUUCUUUUCCAAAUGUAGAUAGCGCAAUCUGGGUAGGUGUCCACGAUGCUUUAGAUGAGCUGCGAAUUGGGCAGGUCAUGAUGGUAACAUGGAUCGACAGGAUUGUUUUACCGUCGUCCUUGGAAUGCAGCUUCAUCGCUCUCAGAGGAGUCGAGUGAUUCGACAUUGUUCCUUGGACUCUCGUCUUUUUACAGACACAGUGACCACCUCUAUUCCCAGCGAUCAUCCUCGGGACUUUAUAGGAACUGUUCUAUAUUUUUUCAUGAAACUAAGAAAUCCAUGUCCUUGACAUAUGCUGCUUAAUUCUUAUUGGUUCAUAAGAUUAGAUGAUGAGGCGAUAGA